GAAGAGGUUUUAGGGUUUUAAUUCAUCGCAGAAACUUGACUUUUGAGAGAGAGAGAGAAGAAAUGGAUUCAUACUCUUCGCCGCCGAUGGGAGGUUCAGGUAGUUCGGUUUCGCCCGAAGUAAUGAUGGAGUCGGUCAAGACUCAGCUCGCUCAAGCUUACGCCGAAGAGUUAAUCGAGACUUUGAGGACAAAAUGUUUUGACAAGUGCGUAACGAAGCCAGGAUCAAGCCUCGGUGGAAGUGAGAGUAGCUGUAUUUCGAGAUGUGUUGAACGUUACAUGGAAGCUACUGCAAUCAUAAGUCGUUCUCUUUUCACUCAACGUUGAUCAAUUCCAGCUACCUCUUCCUUUUUUAAUGAUCUUGUUGGGAUUUCAAGUAUAAAAACGUUUUAUCCAGAGUAGAAAACAAAAUUACUUUUGGUUAAAAAAUGAAGAGUUGCAACUAUCAAUUCGAGAAUGGUUAUGUUUCUAUAUGUUGUUAAUUGGUUCAAAGUUCAAACUUGUUUUAUUCUGUGUUUCAUUGAUUUGGGUCAAAAUCUUAGCUCUAUGCAUUAUAUGAUACGUGCAUGAUCCUGAAAACAAUAGAAGCACACUAGAGAUUGUUGCUUAUCUUGUUUUGGCACACAUGAAGUGAUGAAGAGCAUCUAUGAAUUAUCCAAUCAUCAUCUUUAGAUCAUUCUCUCUGAAAGCAUUCUUUGUUAUAAGAUUAACUGUGUGUGGUUCUUCUAACAUCCUUUUGAGGACGGGUCUUUUUGAUUCAGU